AUGUCCCGACAAAAAGUGUCAUUUAUCCUUGUUGCUCUUCUGCUUGGACUGUUCGCUCUAGUGGCUGUGACGUUCAACCAAGGCUUUUUCAAACAAAGCCCUACUGCUGAUGUCAAAACUUCGCAAAAUAAAUACAUCAUUGUGCUCAAAAACGACGCAACUCCAGAAGAUUUGGAGAAAUUUGAAGCAAAUAUUAUUAGCUCUGGAGGUAAAAUCAUCCAUAGAUACACGGAGGUUCUCAAGGGAUUUGCAGUCACGAUGCCUGAAGACGUAGUUAUGACCAUGAAAGAUGACCCCAGCGUAGACUCUGUUGAACUCGAUCAACCAGUGAACGCCUAUACAACCUAG